GAGGAAUUAUAUCUCAACCUGGUUUAGCUAUUCCGUCGGAUUACUCGAGAGAGAGCAGAACAGUACGUAGUCACUCGAUUUUGCAACCAUAAUGAGCAACUCUAGAGCCAGAAAUUUCCGCCGUCGCGCCGACGAUGAGGAAGACACCGCCGCCGCCGCCAGCCCCGCUCCCUCUGCCACCACCUUCUCCACCGCUCGCAAAUCCUCGUCUUUGAAGCCCAAAAAGCUCCUCAGCUUCGCAGACGACGAGGAGGACGAGCAAAAGGACGCCGCCCCGCCCUCUCGUCGGUCUAGACCCUCCUCGCGCCUCUCCAAACCCUCGUCUUCCUCAUCUAUUGCGUCUUCCGCUCAUAAAUUGACGUCCUCCAAGGAACGUAUCGCCCCUACUAGUUCUAAUGUCAUGCCCCAAGCAGGGACUUAUACCAAAGAAGCCCUUCUUGAGCUCCAAAAGAAUACUCGUACCCUCGCUGCCCCAUCCUCUCGACCCCCGCCACCGCCUCCUGUUGAUUCCUCCGCCGAGCCCAAGAUUAUUCUCAAGGGUCUUCUCAAGCCUCAGGCACAAGAGCCCCAAGAUGUUGAAGAAACCUCAGAUUCUGAAGAGAAUCGUGGAGAUGUUGAGGGUCGCUUGGGGAGGAUGGGGAUUGGGAAAGUUGGGGAUUCUGGGAUUCCUGACGAGGAGACCAUCAAAGCUAUUAGGGCAAAGCGGGAGAGGAUGCGGCAAGCGCGUGGGGCUGCGCCGGAUUAUAUUGCGUUGGAUUCUGGGAGUAAUCACGGUGCCGCCGAAGGGUUGAGUGAUGAGGAGCCGGAGUUCCGGACGAGGAUAGCUAUGAUUGGAACCAAAAAGAAGGGCGUGUUUGGGGAUGUAGAUGAUGUUGGCAAUGAGAGAGGAAUAGACAUCGGGCCAAUCAAGCAGACCCAUGAAGUUGUGGCUGGUAAUGAUUUUCAUCAUGAUGUUGAUGAUGGAGAUGAGGAUGAGGAGAGUUUGUGGGUGGAGGAGCAGGUUAGGAAGGGAUUGGGGAAGAGAAUGGAUGAUGGGUCAGCUAGUAGGGUUGUGUAUGAUAGUAGUAGAACUAGUGCACCUACAAUCGUUCCUGGCGUGCAGCAGCAACAAAGUUUUGUAUAUGCAAGAGCGUCUCUUCCAGGUAUUGGAGGAACAUUUGGAGGACCUCAGGGUUUGGAUGGGAUGUCGAUGUCUCAGCAAGGUGAGAUUGCAAAGAAAGCCUUGCAGGACAAUAUCACGAGGCUUAAGGAAUCUCAUUGCCGAACUGUAUCAUCAUUGACGAAGACUGAUGAGAAUUUGUCUGACUCACUGUUAAAUAUUACUGCUCUUGAAAAAUCUCUCGCUGCUGCUGGUGAGAAGUUCAUCUUUAUGCAAAAGCUUCGUGACUUUGUUUCUGUUAUAUGUGAAUUUUUGCAGCAUAAAGCUCCCUUCAUAGAGGAGCUUGAAGAGCAGAUGCAGAAACUUCAUGAAGAUCGUGCUUCAGCUAAUCUGGAGAGAAGAACUGCUGAAAAUGAUGAUGAAAUGUUGGAAGUAGAAACAGCAGUGAAAGCAGCAAUGUUAGUUUUUAGUGAACGUGGUGGAAGUUCUGCCAUGAUUGCUGCUGCCACCAGUGCAGCCCAGGCUGCAGCUGCUUCUGUAAGAGAACAAACCAAUUUACCAGUGAUGUUGGACGAAUUUGGUAGAGAUAUGAACCUGCAGAAGCGUAUGGAUACGACACGGAGAACUGAGGCACGUCAACGCAGGAAAGGUCGAUUUGAUGCUAAGAGAUUGUCGUCCAUGGAAGUGGAAAACUGCAGCCAGAAAAUAGAAGGAGAAUCAAGCACUGAUGAGAGUGAUGAUGAAAGUACAGCAUACCAGUCAAACCGGGAUUUGUUGCUUCAGACUGCUGACCAGGUUUUUAGUGAUGCAUCCGAGGAAUACUCUCAACUUUCAGUAGUAAAACAACGGUUUGAAAUGUGGAAGAAAGAUUAUUCAUCAACCUACCGUGAUGCUUACAUGUCACUCAGUGUGCCUGCUAUUUUCUCGCCUUAUGUAAGACUUGAGCUUCUGAAGUGGGAUCCACUUCACGAGGAUGCUGAUUUUUUUGAUAUGAAGUGGCAUUCUUUGCUAUUUGAUUAUGGUACGCCAGUAGAUGGAAGCGAUUUCACUCCUGAUGAUGCUGAUGCUAAUCUCAUUCCUGGAUUAGUGGAAAAGGUUGCACUUCCUAUUUUACAUCAUGAAAUAGUGCAUUGUUGGGACAUGCUUAGCACGCGAGAGACGAGGAAUGCCGUAUCCGCCACAAGCUUGUUAACAAAUUAUGUUCCAGCUUCUAGUGAGGCUGUUGCUGAAUUACUGGGAGCAAUUUGUACCCGACUGGCUGUUGCUGUUGCUAAUAUCAUGGUACCGACAUGGAGCCCACUUGUAUUGAAGGCUGUGCCAAGUGCAGCACGAGUUGCAGCAUAUCGAUUUGGAAUGUCUGUUCGCUUGAUGAAAAAUAUCUGCUUGUGGAAAGAUAUCCUGGCAUUGCCAGUUCUUGAAAAGCUUGCUCUGGAUGAGCUGUUGUGUGGGAAAGUUUUACCUCAUGUUCGAAGUAUUGCUCCUAAUAUUCAUGAUGCUAUCUCAAGAACUGAAAGACUCGUUGAUUCUUUAUCUGGGGUGUGGUCAGGCCCAAGUGUCACGGGAAGCCGCAGUGGCAAGUUGCAACCGCUGGUGGAGUAUGUGCUUUCACUUGGAAGGGCACUGGAGAAAAGGCAUGUUUCAGGCGUGACUGAGAAUGAGACCGGUGGACUUGCCCGUAGAUUGAAGAAGAUAUUGGUUGAGUUAAAUGAAUAUGACAAGGCUAGGGACAUAGCGAGGAACUUCCAUCUUAAGGAAGCUUUGUAAGGAAGGACCGACAUACUUGCUGGUAUUUAUGCCAUAAGAGAGUAUGCAAAUACUUUCUCUAGUCAUGUUAAGGAUCUUCACCGUGAUGCUUCUUUUGAACAAUCGACUGCUCAAAUGAAAGCUUAGUCUUGUCAUCUUAGGCCCUGUGAAAUUGUUACGAGGAGAUUUAUAAAAUUUUGGAUGCAAAAUUUUCUUUAAUCCAAUGAUUGCGUACCGGUAGUAAUUAUUUGAUGUGAAUCCUGAUGUCCUUGGACGCUA